AUGGGGUAUGGAGGGAUGCAGGUUGAGAACAUAGGGGAGAAAGGUGGUGGGGCUUGUAGGCAACCAGGUGAAGGGCCGCGAGGUGAUAGGAUUGAGGGGGGGCCCAGAUAUGUAAUGGAGGAGGGAAGAAGAGUGAGGGGGAUGGGGAUGGGGAUGGGGAUGGGGAUGGGGAAGGGGCAGAUCUCUACUCCAUCUCUUGAUGCCAUUGACAUCAUCUUUGUGAGGUUGGAAGUGGUCCACCAGGGGGAAUUUCAUGGUUCGUUCAAUGAAGGUGGAGUGUUUGCCACCAAUAGGAAUCGAGAACAGAGUAAGCAGGAGGGAGGUGGAGGUGGAGGUGGAGGUGGAGGUGGGGGAGGGGGACAAGGAAGGGGUUAA